ACAUAUUUUCCUAUUUUUUGGAUUUUUUUUAACACUUUUUAGCUUGGCCGGAACUCGACCUUACUUGGGCCAAGUUACUGGGACUCGGGCUGAGUCCGAGUACUCGGCUUGGGCAUUGGCUGGGUAACCAGCCCGAGUCAUUGUUUUGGACACUGGUAAUGAUGGAUAAUUGAUAGGUUAGAUGGUACAAUGCAGAGUUUUGGCAUACUUCAAAGCUGGUGGCUUCCCCAAUUAUGGCGAAAUCAUGUGAAUCGUCAAUGCUUUCUUGCCGUAUUGGGAGGUUGAAAUUAAGGAAUGCAAAAAGACAUUCGUCACAUUCAAGAUGUAGACCUGUAUCUAAAGAUUGCAUUGGCUAAGACCAGUCACGACCUCAAACCCAAGCGAAUGAAAAUCUUAAUAAUCAAGAUUGGAUACCAGUUGAAUGGUUGGUUAUUUUGCACCAUGGCAGCAAAUGUUCAGCUCUGGAAAACCAAUGCGCAUAUCAUGACUGUGUAAAUGCACGAAGGAUUUGGAUGCACAUUUCUAGUUGUCAAAGUGUUCAUUGUCACGUUACCCUUUGCCAGCCGCUGAGGAAAUUGUGGGGGCACUAUUGUCAUUGUAGCGAGGAUGCUUGCUUUGUUUGUUUUGGGACUCGCGUGAUUACAUUUGAACAGAAGCCAUCUUUGAACCAGCCAUCAAAUUCAGGGAAGGCAGAUUUGAUAAGGACAGGGAAGAGGCUAUGAGCUCAGAACAUUUGGGGGAUGUGCAACACCCACUGAAAAGAAUGAGGGUUAAACAACCUGAAAGUGCAAUGCCCACUUUUACCAAUGAAGAUUGCACAAUGAAGUGCAAUACCCAAUAUCAGAGGUUUUUGUUCUUGGGAAAGCAAAAACAUGUGUUCAAAUCAAAGAGCCUGGUUUUGUUGACGUUGGGAGUUCCCUACCUUUUUGUCAUGAGAGUCAAGGGAACAAACUGGAAAAUGGUAUGGAGCACACUUCUCAGGUGAAAGGUGAUAUUUCUUUCACUUCCUCUGAUGGGUUGUCAUCCCAAGCCACCAAUGAUGAUUGCACUGAGAUAAACGAGUGCCGAAUGGAAAUAAACCAGGAAUCUGUUGUCUUACUAGCCGAUCCUGGAGCAGGAACUAUGCAUGGGACGCAGAAGCUAAGAGGUGCUUCUUUGCUCGAGUAUUUCACUCCAGAGCAAAUUAGAACUCACAUCAACUCUCUAAGGCAGUUUGUGGGUCCGACUAAAUCGAAGGCAGAACAAUGUCAAGCAAUGCAGAAUUCUUCGAAUCAAAGUCGUUGCCAGUUGUGCUGUAUGGAGCACCUUUCUUUUACACUCGCGGUAUAUUGUAAUUUAUGUGGUCUCCAUGUCAAGAGAGAAGCUAUAUAUUAUACCACAAGCAAUGGGGGCAAACAAUCUUAUAUUUGUCCUAGAUGCUUCCGUGGAGCACGCGGUGAGAGCAUCGAAGUUGAAGGAUUUCAGGUUUUCAAGUCUAAUUUUGUUGAGAAAAGGAACAUUGAUGAACUUAAUGAAGAGUGGGUUCAAUGCAGUGGAUGUGGAUCUUGGAACCAUCAGAUAUGUGUGCUAUUUAAUAAAAGAAGUUAUUCUGGUCAGACUGAAUAUGUUUGGCCCUAUUGUUUUUUAAAGGAGGUUGAGGGAGGAAAACGAAACCCUCUACCUCAAAGUGACCUUCACAGUGCAAAAGAUUUGCCAACGACAAUCCUUAGUGAUCACUUGGAGCAAAGGCUGCUUAGGCAGCUAAAUUGGGAGAGAGAAGAAAGGGCAAAAGUAUUAGGGAGGAAUUUCUAUGAGGUGCCAGGGGCCAAAGAUCUUGUCGUUAGAGUUUUCUUAUCUGUUGACAAGAAACUGCAAGUGAACCAACGUUUUCUGGAGAUUGUUAACGAUGAAAGUUACUCUUCAGAGUUUCCAUACAAAUCAAAGGCCAUAUUGCUGUUUCAAAAAAAGGAAGGCGUAGACGUUUGUCUUUUUUGCAUGUACGUCCAAGAAUAUGGUUCGGAAUGUCCAUAUCCAAACAAUCGUCGUGUCUGUCUUCCAUAUGUUGAUUCUGUCAAGUACUUCCAGCCUGCAAUUAAGUCUAUUACUGGGGAGGCUCUCCGUACUUUUGUAUAUCAUGAAAUUUUGGUUGGAUAUCUCGAGUAUUGCAAAAGAAGAGGGUUUAUGAGCUGUCAUAUAUGGGUCUGUCCUACGAAAGGAGAUGACUAUAUUUUGUAUUGCCACCCAGAGAUACAAAAGACCCCAAAGGCUACAGAUAAAGAUAUUGUAGUGGAGCAUACUAAUAUGUAUGAACAAUUCUUUGUGCGUACUGGUGAAAAGAAGGCAAAGGUGACCUUGACUUCUGUACCAUAUUUUGAUGGGGAUUACUUUUCUAGAAGGGCAGAGUAUAUUAUUGCUAAUAUUGAUAAAGAAGACGGUGAAAAACGACAAAGAGUGGAAAAAGACCAGCUUCAAAAGUGGCUCCGAAAUAUUCAACUCAAGCUAUUGUUGCAAAUGAUACUGCAAAAGGAAGCUCUUUUGACACAGAAACUUGGAGAUUCCAUUCGUAAGAAGAGGGAGGAUUUUAUUGUGGUUCACAUGCAGCAUGCAUGCAAGUACUGUGGUGAAUUUGAAUUAUCUAGGAAGCUUCGGGUUUGCAUGUUGUUUGAAAAUUUUUAUCUUGGUGAGAAGUAA